AUGGCAGAUGAGGAAGCUGCUCCGGUUAGGACUCUUCAGGGCUAUUUGAAUCCGGAACGGGUCACUCAACUGUCACCGAUAGUUUUUCCACAGCCCACCACUGUUGCAAACACAUUCGUGUUCAAAUCAGACUAUCAUCGUUGCAUUCCAUUCUUCCACGGUAUGGAGCGCGAGGAUCCGUACCAACAUAUCCGGGAAUUUGAGGAAGUUCUCCAAUCGUACAUUAGCGGGGAGGUGCUUCUCAACCAAGCAAGAUUGAGGCUUUUCCCUUUCACUUUGAAGGAUAAGGCUAAGACAUGGUUUCACUCUUUGAAGCCUCAAUCUUUGAACACAUGGGGGGAAGUGCAAGAUGUUUUUCAUAAGAAAUUCUUCUCAGCGAGCCGAACAAAGCUCUUGAUGGAUCAAAUCCAGGGUUUCAAGCAACGUGAGGGAGAAGCUUUCCACCAGUAUUGGGAGCGUUUCAAGGAUUUGCUUUCUGCGGUUCCUCACCACAACUUUGCCUUGUAUCAACUGAUUCACUACUUCCAUAUGGGCUGCACGCAACAAAGCAAGCAACUGCUCAACACCAUGUGCUCCGGAGGAUUCAUGAAUAAGUCACCCAAUGAUGGUUGGGAUUACUUAGAUGAGUUGGCCAAGAAGUCUUUGACUUGGAAUUAUGAGGAUGCUGGUGAUAGAGCUAUGGCUAGCCAAGGUCCCGGUGGCUCCGGAAAGUUCUCCAUAAAUGAGCACAAUGCUAUCGAAACACGGAUGGAGCAACUAGCACAAAAGUUGAAGAAGUUGGAGUUGAAAGGGGUAAAGGAAGUUAAGGCAGUGCGAGCGGUAGAGGAGAUGUGUGCUAUAUGUGAAACAUCGGGCCAUUCCACAGACAAUUGCUUGUCUAUUCCCACUCUCAGGCAACAUUACAGUAACCUCAACCUUCUGCUCGAAAAAGUUAGUGCGGUGAACCAACGAUUUGAAUCUUUUCCCCAAAACUUCAACCAAAGUCAACGACAACAUCCGGGAUUCCGUUGGAACAAUCAGAUUGAAGGCGGACCAUCUCAAGCACCUCCCGGUUCUCAAAUGCAACCAUGGCGGCCUGCUCAAAGCCAAGGGCAGCCUCGUUUUCCACAAGGACCACCAGGUUUUGUACUGUCUGGACCUUUUCAAGGAUAUAAUCAGUUUCAACCCCCGCCAAGGCGAUCUUUGGAAGAUACUCUCCAAUCCUUCAUGCAAGCUCAAUCGAAUUACAACGAGAAUAACACCCAAAUGAUGGGGGAGUUGAAGAACCAAAUGGGAAAGAUAACCACAUCUAUAGGGCUUCUCCAACAAGAAAGGGGCAAGUUUUCGACCCAGCCACAAGCCAAUCCGCAGGGUCAACUUCUCAUUGGUAGUUCUUCGGGACCUCCGCCCGAGCAAGCUCAAGCGAUCAUCACUUUGAGGAGUGGCAAGGCGGUUGACAAUCUAGUUGUCAAUCCGCCGGGUACACCUAUUCUCGAGCCAUCAUCGACAUCAACAGGUUCUACUUCAACGGAGGAACGUAUCGAGCAAGCUCCGGAGGAAGACGGGGAAUCACCCGUUCAAGUUUCAAAGGAGGCCGACACCACUCCAAGCCCACAAGUCUCUCCUUUUCCUGCACCCUAUCCUUCUCGACUGAAAAAGCCGGCUCACCCAUCCAAGGAUGCCGAUAUUCUUGACGUGUUCAAAAAGGUAAAUGUUAACAUCCCGUUGAUGGAUGCUAUCAAGCAAAUUCCUUCUUAUGCCAAGUUCUUGAAAGAUCUAUGCACUCAGAAGCGCAAGCUCAAUGUGCACAAGAAGGUGCUCCUCACUGAGCAAGUUAGCCAAAUUGCCAAACAGAUCUUGCACCUAAAUACAAAGACCCCGGAUGUCCUACAAUUGCAAUUACUAUUGGGGGUAAGAGAGUGGAGCAAGCUCUCUUGGAUUUGGGAGCGAGUGUGA